AUGCCUAUUGAUAAACACAAAAACCAAAUCCCCCCGCGGAUGACAACAAGAUCCACCUCCUCUACCCCACAACCCCAAACUCCCCCAUCACCAUCCUCAAAUAACGACGACUCUCUAGGGUCUAAUAACACCUAUGCCGAUGCAACAAUGUUGCAAAACAUUACCAAAACCCUCGAUUUUUCCUCCGCUCUUGAAGCAAAUAACAACACGAGCACCCCCAACCCCCUUCCCACUCCCUCCUCCAAUAACACUAACACAACAACACAACAACCUCACCCAACAAACCUUCAACAUAAGAUCCUCCCAAUUAAAUUCAGGUCUCAGAAAGAACUAUACAACCUCCCUAACACACACGAAAUUCUUAGAGAUCAAAUUUUAUUUUUGAAAGCCAACCUUGACCAAACGGCAUUACUAAAAACCACUUCAAAUUUAACGCAAUCCCAACUAGGAAUGAAACUCAAAAACGCAACCGGAGAAAACUCUAACCGCCUAAUCCUCCGAAACCCGAAAAACCUUCCGAAUAAAAAACCACUAAACACAAGGAAUCCCACGUUUUCCAUGGUGAUCAAGGGUGUCCCCAAAGACAUCACCAUGGAGGAUCUAGAAGAAUCCUUCAAAGAAAUAAGGUUCCCAACCAUCAAAUUCUGGAGAAUCACCUCUCGGGCAACUAACCUACCCACCACCCUAAUCAGAGUUAUCACUGACUCUGAAUCCCAUUAUUCCCGAGCCCUAAACUUAGGUAUUUCAUUCUUCGGAAUGAAAUUCCAGGUUGAACCCUCCAAUCCCAACCCUAUCCCUCCUAUCCCUAAAUAUUGCAGCAGAUGCGCGGAAAACGGACAUUCCUUAGAGGAAUGUAAAUACCGAAUUUAA